GAGGGCGGGCCCGGCGCCUGGGGCGCGGCGGUAGCGCGCGUGGACGAGCUGCUGCGGGAGCAGAACGUGGACGCGCGGGCGUGCGCGCAGAGGGCGCUGUGCUCCUUCGUCGCCUCCUCCUUCGAGAAGCUGCAGCGCGGCACGCCGGGGAGCGUCGACAAGAUCGUCGACGGAGUCAUCAGCAAUGAAUGGCUAUCAAAUGCCGUGAGAAAUUCGCCCUUCCAAGAAGCGAUUGACAGCGGAAAAUUCGGAGCAAAUUGUUCGGCACUCUACAGCUCUUGUCCAGUAACACAAAGAGGGUUGAAGAACAUGGCUAUGAACAUUGCAAAAAUGAUAAAAAGCUAAGAUUUCCAUAGAACAGUCUUAAAGUGUCUAUGGGAGUGCCCAGGUCACUGAAGAAAUGUUCGAAUCAAAAUAUUGCCGUUUUUUAUAAGAUUCUUGAACGAUAAGAGAACGUGUUGCAGAAAAAGAUAUAUUUAUUGCAAAAUCGCGUGGCGUAUAAUUGUUGAUAAUAUUUGACUUCACAGAAUUUUAAUUUCUGGCCAUAAGAGAAAUAUAAUA